AUGUUCGAGAUGCUGGUGGACUUCAGCAACUUCCUCACUAGGCUAAACGUGACCUUUAUGGUGUCCGAGGGUACGCUUCUUGGCGCAGUUCGAGAUGAGGAUAUAAUUCCGUACACGGCAGACCUGGACAUAUUCGUACCACGAGAAGGCUGGGAACGGGCAAUGCUCAUCAACGAGGAGCAGAUGGGCCCGAAGUCCUACCACUUCAUGGUUGAUCCAGACCAGCCGCACUGUGCCCGACUGUGUGCCGUGUGGGAGGGCUAUCCUGUAAAUCGAGCGCCCUUCAAUGAACACUUUGAGUGGGACACCGAGAAGGUGGGCAACGACCUGGCCUAUUACAUGGACAUCUACGAUGAAGACAUGGACUUCGCCAUUGCCACCAAGCACCUGAUCUACCCACCAUCUGCCGUAAAGAUCCGCAAUCACACCUUUCCCGCACCACGGGAGAAGGAGAUUUACGUGGAGGCCAGGUAUGGGCCCUCCUGGCGCAUCCCCGACCAUCAGGCCAGGGAGCUGGCGGAGAAGUAUCCAACCCUCGAAGAGGCAAGGGUCUGGUCUCAGAACAUGCUCAUGUUGCGGGAAGCCCGUCAGAAUUUGCAUGCCGGGUUCCGCCUUCUAGAGCGAGCCAGCGUUAGCUUCAAGACGG